CUCUCUCUCUCUCUCUCUCUCUCUUCCGCCUCUCUAAAACCCGGCCAUGAACCCUCGGGACGUCGCGCUCGCCUCCGCCUCCGCCGCCAUUGGAGCCCUCGCCGCCUCCGUCGUCGCCUACCGCUUCUUCGCCUCCUCAAACCCUAACCCUAAUCCUAAGAACCCCCCUCUCUCCUCUCCCUCUACCCCUAACGGCUCCCGCAAUCGGAGCCCCUUCGACCCUUCCAAGCGCAUCGGGUACCUCUCGUGGGAUGAUUACUUCAUGGCGAUCGCGUUCCUCUCGGCGAAGCGCUCCAAGGAUCCGAAUAGGCAGGUUGGAGCAUGCUUGGUUAGUCAAGACGGCAUAAUCCUUGGAAUUGGCUAUAAUGGAUUUCCAAGAGGUUGUUCUGAUGACAAGCUUCCUUGGGCAAAGAAAUCUGUGAAAGGGGAUCCAUUGGAAACAAAAUAUCCUUAUGUUGUCCAUGCUGAAGUUAAUGCUAUCCUCAACAGAAACCAUGCAUCUGCUGCUGGACAGAAAUUAUAUGUUACAAUGUUUCCAUGCAAUGAGUGUGCCAAGAUUAUUAUCCAGUCAGGUGUCUCUGAAGUUAUUUAUUUUGUGGAGAAAAGACUGGGCAAUUCUGAUGUUGCUUAUGUUGCCUCCCACAAGUUGUUAUCAAUGGCUGGCAUUAAGGUUAGAAAACAUCAGCCACAGAUGUCACAGAUUAUAAUCAAGUUUCAGGAGCCUUGAAUUAAUAGCUGGAAUUUGACUUAUAAACUCUCUGGGCAACACAAUCACAUGGAGCAAUACCUUCUUAUGGACACUUCCUUUUCUGAUAGCUGCUCAAUAUAGCUCUCCAAAACUACUUCUCUUUAAGAGGUAAGUGUUCUGAUAUCUCUUCUUUAUCUGCUACUUUCUCUAUUUGUUCAUGGUAAUCUCCUUCCCUUCUAUAUCUGUACCUACUCAACAAACUCUUCCCUCAUUUUAGGGCCGUGUAUCGUAUACAAUUCACUAACUUAUUUUGUAUACAAUUGGUCUUCAUAACAUCCCUGGAGCCCUAACUCAUCUUAUAGAUAGCAUUUAUGCACACUUUUGCCCAUCUUGCACUGAGGACUUAGAUGGGGCACAAGAGUAAGAAGCACGCCGAGGCCGAAGCCGUGGCUCGGCGGGAGCAGCGGCGGCAGAAGCUCGUCGAGAAGCCUCAUGAUUGGAGAGACAUCAUCGACGACGUUGAUUGGAAGCCCUUUGCUGUUGUCCUUACGAUCAUUGUUUUCAUAAUUCUUGUGCUUCUAGGGUUGCUUUGAUCAUGCCGUGAACUUCUAUUUUCUCCGUAUUUUUCAUUAAUUUUUAGCCUUUACAAAAGUUUUAGCCCUACUCAUAUUAACAGUAGAAACUUUAUAUAGGCUUUUAUAUGAUCUCUGUUAGAUGUCUAUAGUCAAAUAUGAAGUGGUGAGCUUAGUAGAGAGAAGGUACUGUUUAUAUUUUAUACUAACUUUUCAUAGUGAAAUUA